UGGGAUUUGUAGUCCGGCCGCUGUUGGGGGGGCUGGCGGCUCAUGCGCCGUGCACUGAGGCUUGUUUCACAUCUGUAACAACAGGAGGAGGCCCAGCCUCGUGAUGAGGAAUAGCAAGGAGAGACUUAAGCUCCAGUUUAAAAACCUGCAAACCCUGAGCCCACUCCUGCUUUUAUAAGGACUCCAGCUUUCCCGUGUGGCCAGAAAUGUUCAGCCUCGACUCAUUCAGAAAAGAUCGGACCCAACACAGACAGCGUCAGUGCAAGCUUCCACCACCCCGCCUCCCCCCCAUGUGUGUCACCCCCACCCCUGGAGGGACCAUCUCUCGAGCUUCUAGGGACCUGUUAAAAGAGUUUCCACAGCCCAAAAACCUUCUCAACAGUGUGAUCGGAAGAGCCCUCGGCAUCUCACAUGCCAAAGACAAACUAGUCUAUGUGCACACGAACGGACCGAAGAAAAAGAAAGUUACCUUGCACAUAAAGUGGCCCAAAAGCGUGGAGGUGGAAGGCUAUGGCAGUAAGAAGAUCGAUGCUGAGCGGCAGGCUGCAGCUGCGGCCUGCCAGCUGUUCAAGGGCUGGGGGCUGCUGGGUCCCAGGAAUGAACUGUUCGAUGCUGCAAAGUACCGAGUGCUAGCUGACCGCUUUGGGUCCCCGGCUGACAGCUGGUGGCGUCCAGAACCCACCAUGCCUACCACGUCCUGGCGGCAGCUGAAUCCGGAGAGCAUGCGGCCGGUUGGCCCUGGGAGCCUGUCUCGUUCCAUGGGCCGGGAGGAAGAGGAGGAUGAGGAGGAAGAGCUGGAAGAGGGGACCAUCGAUGUCACAGAGUUCCUGUCCAUGACGCAGCAGGACUCCCAUACACCACUCCGGGACUCCAGGGGGGGUUCAUUUGAAAUGACAGAUGAUGACAGUGCUGUGAGGGCCCUGACCCAGUUUCCACUUCCCAAGAACCUUCUGGCCAAGGUGAUUCAGAUUGCAACAUCGUCAUCUACGGCUAAGAACCUCAUGCAGUUCCACACCGUGGGUACCAAGACCAAGCUAUCUACACUCACGCUACUCUGGCCCUGUCCCAUGACGUUUGUUGCCAAAGGGCGCCGCAAAGCAGAGGCUGAGAAUAAGGCAGCAGCUUUGGCCUGUAAAAAAUUGAAGAGCCUGGGCCUGGUAGACAGGAACAACGAACCACUCACCCAUGCCAUGUACAACCUGGCCUCUUUGAGGGAGCUGGGCGAGACCCAGCGCCGGCCAUGCACCAUCCAGGUGCCAGAGCCCAUUCUCCGCAAGAUAGAGACCUUCCUAAACCAUUACCCUGUGGAAAAUUCCUGGCUCUCACCUGAGCUCCGGCUGCAGAGUGAGGACCUUUUGCCCCUGGGCAAAGACUCGGGGCCGCUGAAUGACCCCAUCACUGGCAAGCCCUUUGUGCCUCUCACUGAGGCCGAGGAGGUACGCUUGAGCCAAAGCCUGCUAGAGCUGUGGCGGCGACGGGGGCCCAUCUGGCAGGAAGCGCCCCAGCUCCCUGUGGACCCUCACCGGGACACCAUCCUCAAUGCCAUUGAGCAGCAUCCCGUGGUGGUCAUCUCUGGUGACACAGGCUGUGGGAAGACAACGCGCAUCCCCCAGCUGCUGCUGGAACGCUAUGUGACCGAGGGCCGUGGGGCCCGCUGCAAUGUGAUCAUCACGCAGCCCCGCCGCAUCUCAGCUGUGUCUGUGGCACAGCGGGUCAGCCACGAACUGGGCCCUUCCUUGCGCCGGAAUGUGGGCUUUCAGGUGCGCCUGGAGAGCAAGCCCCCAGCGCGGGGCGGGGCUCUGCUCUUCUGCACCGUGGGCAUCCUGCUGCGCAAGCUGCAGAGCAACCCCAGCCUGGAGGGCGUGAGCCACGUCAUCGUGGACGAGGUCCAUGAGCGCGAUGUGAACACGGACUUCCUCCUCAUCCUGCUCAAGGGCCUGCAGCGGCUCAACCCUGCCCUGCGGCUAGUGCUCAUGAGCGCCACAGGCGACAAUGAGCGCUUUUCCCGUUACUUUGGUGGCUGCCCUGUCAUCAAGGUGCCUGGCUUCAUGUACCCUGUGAAGGAGCACUACCUGGAGGACAUCCUGGUCAAACUGGGCAAACACCAGUACCCACACCGACACCGGCACCAUGAGUCUGAGGAUGAAUGUGCCCUCGAUUUGGACCUCGUGACUGACCUGGUUCUGCAUAUUGAUGCCCAUGGAGAGCCAGGUGGGAUCCUGUGUUUCCUGCCCGGGUGGCAGGAGAUCAAGGGAGUGCAGCAGCGCCUGCAGGAGGCCCUGGGCAUUCACGAGAGCAAGUACCUCAUUCUGCCAGUGCACUCCAACAUCCCCAUGAUGGACCAGAAGGCCAUAUUCCAGCAGCCUCCAGUCGGGGUGCGCAAGAUUGUCCUGGCCACGAACAUUGCGGAGACCUCCAUCACGGUCAACGACAUUGUACAUGUAGUGGACAGCGGUCUGCAUAAGGAGGAGCGCUACGACCUCAAGACCAAGGUGUCCUGCCUGGAGACCGUGUGGGUGUCGAGAGCAAACGUGAUCCAGCGCCGAGGCCGGGCGGGCCGCUGCCAGUCAGGCUUCGCCUAUCACUUGUUCCCACGGAGCCGGCUGGAGAAGAUGGCCCCCUUCCAGGUGCCCGAGAUCCUGCGCACACCCCUGGAGAACCUGGUGCUGCAGGCCAAGAUCCACAUGCCUGAGAAGACGGCAGUGGAGUUCCUCUCCAAGGCCGUGGACAGCCCCAACAUCAAGGCAGUGGAUGAGGCUGUGAUCCUGCUCCAGGAGAUUGGUGUGCUAGACCAGCGCGAGUACCUGACCACCCUGGGCCAGCGCCUGGCCCACAUCUCCACGGACCCACGGCUGGCCAAGGCCAUAGUGCUGGCUGCCAUCUUCCGCUGCCUGCACCCGCUGCUGGUGGUGGUCUCCUGCCUCACCCGGGACCCCUUCAGCAGCAGCCUGCAGAACCGUGCAGAGGUAGACAAGGUGAAGGCACUGCUGAGCCAUGACAGUGGCAGUGACCAUCUGGCCUUUGUGCGUGCUGUGGCCGGCUGGGAGGAGGUGCUGCGCUGGCAGGACCGCACGUCGCGGGAGAACUACCUGGAGGAGAACCUGCUGUACGCACCCAGCCUGCGCUUCAUCCACGGGCUCAUCAAGCAGUUCUCUGAGAACAUCUACGAGGCCUUCCUGGUGGGAAAGCCCUCGGACUGCACGCUGCCCUCAGCACAGUGCAAUGAGUACAGUGAGGAGGAGGAGCUGGUGAAGGGUGUGCUCAUGGCCGGGCUGUACCCCAACCUCAUUCAGGUGCGGCAGGGCAAGGUGACCCGGCAGGGGAAGUUUAAGCCCAACAGUGUCACUUACAGGACCAAAUCUGGCAACAUCCUGCUGCACAAGUCGACCAUUAACAGGGAAGCCACGCGCUUAAGGAGCCGGUGGCUGACUUACUUCAUGGCCGUCAAGUCCAAUGGCAGCGUUUUUGUGCGGGACUCCUCCCAGGUGCACCCUCUAGCAGUGCUGCUCCUGACCGACGGGGACAUCCACGUCCGGGAUGAUGGACGACGUGCCACCGUCUCCCUAAGUGACAGUGACCUGUUGCGACUUGAGGGGGACUCAAGAACCGUGCGGCUGCUUCGGGAGCUGCGCCGGGCCCUGGGCCGCAUGGUAGAGCGCAGCCUGCGCAGUGAGCUGGCUGCGCUUCCGCCCAUUGUACAGCAGGAGCAUGGGCAGCUGCUUGCGCUGGUGGCAGAGCUGCUGCGAGGACCCUGUGGCAGCUUUGACGUGCGCAAGACAGCGGACGACUGAGCCCCUCUUCCGCUGGGGCUGUGUACAGAGUGCAAAUGUUUAUUUAAAAUAAAGUUCUAUUUAUCCCUUGUGA